AUGGCGGACAAACCCAUCAAUUUCUCCGAGCAUGUUCAGCUCACCAACGUCGGUAUCGCUGCCGAGAGCAUCUCGUUCGCAAACGUCACCCUCGAGUCCGAGAACUUUGUCUGCGUUCGCGAGAGCCUCAACGGCCAGAACUCGGUCGUCAUUGUCAACCUCAACGACAUCAGCGAUGUCAUGAGGAGACCAAUCACCGCCGACUCGGCCAUCAUGAACCCCGUCCAGAAAAUCAUCGCUCUCAAAUCCGCGCGGCAACUCCAGAUCUUCAACAUCGAAGCCAAAUCCAAGGUCAAGUCGCAUCUCAUGCAAGAGGACGUCACCUUCUGGAAGUGGAUCAGCGACACCACCCUCGGCAUUGUCACCGAAACCGCAGUAUACCAUUGGUCCAUGGAAGGCGAAGCUGCGCCAGCAAAGGUCUUUGAUCGUCACGUCAGCUUGCAAGGUACACAGAUCAUCAACUACCGCGCAAGCCAAGAUGAGAAAUGGCUCGUCCUCGUCGGUAUCUCGGGCAACACCUCGGGCGCUCCCAACGCGUUCCGCGUCAAAGGCUCCAUGCAGCUCUACUCGCGCGAUCGCGGCGUCUCGCAGCCCAUCGAGGGACACGCCGCCGCUUUCGCAGAGCUCAAGUCCGACACCGCUCCCAACCCUUUCAAGCUCUUCACCUUUGCCAAUCGCACUGCCACCGGCGCAAAGCUCCACGUCGUCGAGAUCGACCACCAGAAUGGACAGCCCGCCUUCACCAAGAAAGCCGUCGACGUUUUCUUUCCACCAGAGGCCACCAACGACUUCCCCGUCGCCAUGCAGGUCAGCAAGAGAUACGGCAUCGUCUACCUCGUCACAAAGUACGGCUUCAUCCACCUUUACGACCUCGAGUCCGGCGCCUGCAUCUACAUGAACCGUAUCUCUGGAGACACCAUCUUUGUCACCGCUGAGCACGAGUCCACCAGCGGCAUUAUCGGCAUCAACCGCAAGGGUCAGGUCCUUUCAGUUUCAGUCGACGAGAACACGGUUAUCCCCUACAUUCUGCGUACGCUCAACAAUUCGGAACUCGCCUUCAAGCUCGCCUCGCGCGGGGAUCUCCCCGGUGCCGACGAUCUGUACCUCCAGCAGUUCCAUUCGCUCUUCUCCACUGGGCAGUACGGCGAAGCUGCCAAGAUCGCCGCCAAUUCGCCACGCGGCAUCCUCCGAACGUCCCAGACCAUCGAGCAGUUCAAGCAGGUACCCAACCAGCCCGGCACCCUCUCGCCCAUCCUCCAAUACUUUGGCAUCCUCCUCGAAAAGGGAACGCUCAACAAGUUUGAGUCGCUCGAGCUCGCUCGUCCUGUACUGAAUCAGGGCCGAAAGCACCUGCUCGAAAAGUGGCUCAAGGAGAGCAAGAUCGAAUGCAGCGAAGAGCUGGGCGACAUUGUCCGUCAGCACGACAUGAACCUUGCCCUCAGCGUCUACCUCCGCGCCAACGUGCCCAACAAGGUGGUCGCCUGCUUUGCCGAGACGGGUCAGUUCGACAAGAUCGUGCUCUAUGCCAAGAAGGUGGGCUACACCCCCGACUAUGCCGCCUUGCUCCAGCACAUUGUCCGCACCAACCCAGAGAAGGGUGCCGAGUUUGCCAGCAGCUUGGUCGGCGACGAGUCUGGUCCUCUCGUCGACAUUGAGCGUGUCACCGACAUCUUCAUGAGCCAGAACAUGAUCCAGCAGGCCACCAGCUUCCUCCUCGACGCGCUCAAGGACAACAAGCCCGAGCAGGCUCACCUCCAGACGCGUCUGCUCGAGAUGAACCUCGUUAACGCUCCUCAGGUCGCCGACGCUAUCCUUGGCAACGAGAUGUUUACCCACUACGAUCGUCCCCGCAUCGCCAACCUCUGCGAGAAGGCGGGUCUGCUCCAGCGUGCCCUCGAGCACUACGAGGACAACGCCGACAUCAAACGCGUCGUUGUGCACACCAACCUUCUCCAGGCCGAGUGGCUCGUCAACUACUUUGGAAAGCUCACCGUCGAGCAGUCGCUCGAGUGUCUCCAUGAGAUGCUCAAGGUCAACAUCCGUCAGAACCUCCAGGUGGUCGUGCAGAUCGCCACCAAGUACUCGGACCUGCUCGGCCCCGUCAAGCUCAUCGAGAUAUUUGAGUCGUUCAAGUCAUUCGAGGGUCUUUACUACUAUCUCGGCUCCGUCGUCAACCUGUCGACUGACCCCGAGGUGCACUUCAAGUACAUCCAGGCCGCCACGCGCACCGGUCAGAUCCGAGAGGUCGAGCGCAUCUGCCGAGAGUCCAACUACUACAACCCCGAAAAGGUUAAGAACUUCCUCAAAGAAGCCAAGCUCUCGGACCAGCUUCCGCUUAUCAUUGUCUGCGACCGCUUCGACUUUGUGCACGAUUUGGUGCUCUACCUCUACCAGAACAUGCUCAUCAACUUCAUUGAGGUCUACGUGCAGCGCGUCAACUCGUCGCGCACGCCCCAGGUCAUCGGAGGUCUUUUGGAUGUCGACUGCGACGAGGGCGUCAUCAAGAACCUUUUGCAGUCUGUCACCGGCCCCAUCCCUGUCGACGAGCUUGUAGAGGAGGUUGAGAAGCGCAACCGUCUCAAGCUCAUCCUGCCCUGGCUCCAGUCCAAGAUCGAGGCUGGCUCGCAGGACCAGCCUCUGUACAACGCCAUGGCCAAGAUCGCGAUCGACAGCAACAACAAUCCCGAGGCUUUCCUCAAGGAGAACAACCUGUACGACCCUCGCGUGGUCGGCAAGUACUGCGAGAAGCGCGACCCUUACCUUGCCUACAUCGCCUACGCUAAGGGCUUUUGUGACGAUGAGCUCAUCUCGAUCACCAACGACAACUCGAUGUUCAAGCACCAGGCUCGCUACCUCGUCAAGCGUCGUCAGCUUGACCUUUGGGCUCAGGUGCUGACGUCGGACAACGUCCACCGCCGCCAGCUUGUCGAGCAGGUCACCUCGACCGCUGUUCCCGAGUCGACCAACCCGGACGACGUCUCUGCCACCGUCAAGGCGUUCAUGGCCGCAGACUUGCCCCACGAGCUCAUCGAGCUGCUCGAGAAGAUCAUCCUCGAGCCCUCAGCGUUCAGCGACAACCGCUCUCUGCAAAACUUGCUGCUCCUCACUGCCGUCCGCACCGACAAGGGCAAGGUGAUGAACUACAUCGACCGCCUCGACGGAUACGACGUCGAAGAGAUUGCAAAGAUUGCCAUCGACCACGGCCUGUACGAAGAGGCCUUCCGCAUCUACUCCAAGGCCGAGCAGCACGAGGAUGCCAUGAACGUUCUCGUAGAGCACGUCGUGUCGAUCGACCGUGGCCAGCAGUACGCCAACAAGCUCAACAAGCCUGCCAUCUGGUCGCGCCUUGGUAAGGCGCAGCUCGACGGUCUGCGUGUCAAGGAUGCCAUCGACGCGUACGUCAAGGCCGAGGACCCUUCCAACUACGAGGAGGUCAUCGAGAUUGCCGAGCACGCCGGUCGCGAGGAGGAGCUCAUCCGUUAUCUGCAGAUGGCGCGCAAGAAGGCGCGCGAGCCCAAGAUCGACACCGAGUACGCUUACUGCCUUGCCAAGGCCAACCGUCUCGGCGACAUGGAGGAGUUCCUGGGCAUGACAAAUGUGGCCGACAUCUUGAGCGUCGGUGAAAAGUGCUUCAACGACGAGCUGUACGAGGCGGCCAAGCUGCUCUUUACAAGCGUCUCCAACUACGCGCGUCUCGCCACGACGCUCGUAUACCUGGGCGACUACCAGGGUGCCGUCGAUGCUGCCCGCAAGGCCGGCAACACGAGCGUGUGGAAGCAGGUGCACGCGGCUUGUCUCAGCAAGCGCGAGUUUAAGCUGUCGCAGAUCGCCGGUCUUGCCAUCAUCCCUCACGCCGAGGAGCUGCCCGGUCUGAUCAGGUCGUACGAGGCCGAGGGUCUGUUUGACGAGUUGCUCAACUUACUCGAGCAGGCGCUUGGACUGGAGCGCGCCCACAUGGGUGUGUUUACGCAGACCGGUGUUGCGCUCGCCAAGUACCGCCCCGAUCGUCUGAUGGAGCACCUCAAGCUGUACUGGUCGCGCUCGAACCUGCCGCAGCUCAUUAAGGUGGCCGAGCAGUGCCAUCUGUGGUCGGAGCUGGUGUACCUGUACACGAAGUACGACGAGAUGGACAAUGCUGCGCUCGCUACCAUGGAGCACGCGUCUGCUGCGUGGGAGCACGAUCAGUUCAAGGCGAUCCUUCCCAAGGUGGCCAACGUUGAGAUCUACUACCGUGCGUUGACGUUCUAUCUGGAGCAGCACCCGCUGUUGCUCAAUGAUCUGCUCACCGUGCUUGCCAAAAGGAUUGACCACGGCAGGGUGGUACGCAUGUUCAAGAAGAAGGACAACGACAACGUGCCACUCAUCCGCAGCUACCUCAUGUCGGUGCAGCACCACAACCUCGAGGCUGUCAACGACGCCUACAACGAUCUGUUGAUCGAGGAGGAGGACUACGAGACGCUGCGCUCUUCCAUCGACGGAUUUGACAACUUUGACACGAUCUCGCUGGCGUCGCGUCUGGAGAAGCACGACCUGCUCGAGUUCCGCCGACUCGCCGCUCAUCUGUACAAGAAGAACGAGCGAUGGGACGAGUCGAUCGCGCUGUCCAAGGCGGACAAGCUGUUCAGGGACGCUAUCGAGACGGCGGCGGUUUCGGGCCAGGAGAGUGUCGCCGAGGAGCUGCUCGAGUACUUUGUCGAGAUCGGCAACAAGGAGUGCUAUGCGGCGACGCUGUUUGCGUGCUACGACCUGGUGCGUCCGGACGUGGUAAUGGAGCUGUCGUGGCGACACGGCUUGGGCGACUUUACCAUGCCGUACCAGCUGCAGAGCAUGCGCGACCAGAGCGAGAAGCUCAAGAAGCUCGAAAAGGAGGUGCGCGAGCGCGCCAAGAAGGACAGCGACAAGGCGAAGGAGGAGGAAGAUGCGCCCAUCAUCGGCCCUGGUGGAUUGGGCGCGCCGAAGCUCAUCACUGCCGGGGUGACCGGCUUGGGCGGUGCCGGUGGGUAUCCGAAUAACCUCAAUGGCGGCAUGUAUAUGCAGCCGACCGGCAUGUUCUAA